UUUUUGGAAGCCGGUCGAAAUGUUACGUGUCGCUAUUCUGAGCAUACUCGCAGUGUUAUCGGUGCACUUCACCGUAUCACAAUCAGCGCGAAUUUUGGGAUUAUUCCCAUCUCCUUCGAAAUCACAUUUGAUUGUUCAUAUGAAUACGAUUCGACCAAUGAUCGAGCGCGGUCAUGAUGUAACCAUUGUAACAACGAUACCAGUGAAGGAACCAAAUGUCAAAUUCCGUCAUAUCAAAUUGAAACAACCAAAUAUGACUAGCAGUGCGAUAUCCCAAGACACGAAAGGAUUGCUUAAGACUAUGAAGUUGAUGGCAAAAGUUUCUAAUAAUUUACUACACUUGAGCAAUCUCACGUUAAAUGAUCCAGAUAUGCAGAAACUGAUGAGGGAGGAGUCGUUUGAUCUGGUCGUUUUCGGAAGUUUCUUAAAUGAUUUUUUCAUCGGGGUCGCUGCUCACUUCAAAUGCCCGCUAAUUAUUAACUGGUCGGGAGCUCUACUGCAACACAUGGCCAAAUUGAUGGGGAAUCCCCUAGAGAUAUCCUAUGUUCCCGAUUUAUUAACUGGUUUACAACAACCAUUGAGCUUUUUUGACCGGGUUAUAAACUAUGUGUUUUCCGGAGUAGAGCUUUCACUAUUUCAGUAUUUAAACUAUCAAAUGGAUCAAUACUACAAAUCUAACUUCCCACCAGACAAAUAUCCAUCUUACGAAGAAAUGAAGAAGAACGUUUCACUGCUUUUCGUAAACACUUAUUUAAGUCAAGGCCAUAUUCAACCAAAUGUACCAGCUAUCAUUCAAAUCGGGGGAAUCCAAAUAAAACCAAAACCAGAUCCACUACCAAAGGACAUCAAAGAGUUCUUAGACAGCGCAUCAGAAUCGGGUGCCAUUUACUUUUGCUUGGGAUCAAAUAUUAGCGCCGACUUUCUGACCCCAGAUUUCAUCAAUAUAAUAUUCAAAGUGCUCUCUAGUCUCAAACAGAAAGUAAUUUGGAAAUGGGAUAAGGAGGAACUUCCAGGAAAAUCCUCAAACAUUUUUUACAAAAAGUGGCUACCGCAGGACGAUAUUCUUGCCCAUCCAAAUUUGAAACUUUUCGUCACGCAUGGUGGUGGUGGAGGAGUUGCAGAAUCCCAAUAUCAUGGUGUUCCAAUGGUAGCAAUCCCUUUCUUCGGUGAUCAAUUUGCCAACGCAAAUAAAUUACAAAAAAUCGGUCAUGGUUUGAUCGUGGAUCGGGAAACACUGACGGAGGAGUCAUUCCGAAAAGCUGUUCACGAAGUUCUAGAAAAUCCUACAUAUAAAGAAAGUGUUGAAAGAUUUGGCCAAGUAUUUAGAGAUAGACCUAUGAAUGCGAGGGACACAGCUGCUUUUUGGAUGGAAUAUGUUUUGAGGCAUAAAGGAGCUAAACAUCUCCAAAGUCCGGCGGUUCACAUGAAUGCAAUACAAUACUAUGGACUUGAUGUGAUUGCUUUCCUGAUUGGUAUUGCCUACGUGGUCUGCAAAGUGGUUAAAUUUGUUUGGAAGAUGACUAUAGGCGUCUUAUGCAGGAAGCUUUGUAAGAGGAGUAAACAGAAUGCUAGCUCUAAGAAAAAGAAUCAAUAAUGUAUCAGAUGAACAGAUAUCAAUUGAAACGUUUCUAUGUAUAAAUUGUGAGAAUAAAUAUGUUCAAUA